AGGCAGAGGUGGACACCAGGGUGGGGGUAACUGCACAAGCUGCUGCUGAGAGCAAGGGCUGUGUUUUACAGUCUGUUCUAGAAGGACCAGCUGUUUGACUACAGCAAUACAUCAUUUGCCUGAUCUGUUUCCUUGAAGGCUCCACAGGAAUCGUUCUGAAGUCUUGAGUACUCAUGGCCUCUGCUCCCCUGGGCAGCUGGACUGGCUGAAGCAGCAGAAGCUUUGCAGCCACAGUUCAGCAUCAUUCCAAUGCAGACUUUGAGCACCAAGGUGUGCUGAUACUGGAGAGGAACUGAGCCAGCCUCGUGUCCUCCCCAAAACGCCGUGAAAGCGGCAGCUCUCAGGCUGUGGUGGCUGCAGGAGGUGGAUGUGAUUCAAACAAAAAAACACUUCCCAGCAGGUGUGGUGGGCACGGCAGCGGUGGGGCCAUCCCUGCACACCCGCUUGGCUUCAGACACGGCCAAGAGAAAGGACAAAAUGGCCUUGGAGAUGUACAUUGGUCACUCAGAGCGGCCACUUCCAUGGACGACAACCCUCUCGUGGGUGGGAGCGGCUUCUCCCCGCGGGGACUGGCCAUGGCUAUGAGGGGGCUGAGGGCUCCCGGCGGGACCGGCCAUGGCUGAGGGCUCCCGGCGGGGCUCUACCCAGCGGGACCCUGCCCUAUCCCCGGCCAUGGCUGAGGGCUCCCACUGGGGCCGGCCAUGCCUGAGGGUUCCCAGAGGGGCCCAGAGCCCAGACCGACCCCUGCCAUCGCCGCGGCCUCGCCCGGCCACCCGCGGCUCUCCAGACCCAGGCAGGGCCCUCGGGCCGCCAUCGCCGCUCUCGUGUGGGGACCACAAAACGACAGCCCCGGCCCCACCACCGGCUUCAUUCCCGGGCCCCGGCCCCACCACCGGCUUCAUUCCCGGGCCCCGGCCCCACCACCGGCUUCAUUCCCGGGCCUUGACCCCACCACCGGCUUCAUUCCCGGGCCCCGGCCCCACCACCGGCUCCAUUCCCGGGCCCCGGCCCCAUCCCCGGUCCCGGCGCGGCGGAACCUUGUGGCUGCGGAACGCGCGGGCGCGGGGCGCGGUUUCCGUGCCGCGCCGGGCCGGCCGCGCCGCCAUGGCCGCGGUGCCGGCGGAGCGGGAGCGGCCCCGGCGGCGGGAGGAGCGGGCCGGGGGCGCGAAGCGGCGGCGGGAGGAGCCCCCUCAGGAGCCACCGGAGGAGUCCCCGGAGAGGCCGGGAGAGACCCCGCGGGAGCCCCCGGCCGAGCCCGGGUACCUGGCGCUGGCCCGCGGGCUCCUGGCCGGCGGCGCCCCGGCCCGCCGCAGCCCGGCGCCCGCCCGGCCCGCCGGGGAGCCCGCGGGGGACGGAGCCGGAGAUGGGGACGACCUGCUGGGGCAGCUGAUCCGAGACCUGAAUGAAAUCAAUGAGGUUCCUUUCUUCGACGUGCAGCUGCCUUACGAGCUGGCACUGAAGAUAUUCCAGUACCUGGGCAAGGCUGAGCUGGGGAGGUGUGCCCAGGUCAGCAGGACGUGGAAGGUCCUUGCAGAAGACGAAGUGUUGUGGUACCGGCUGUGCCAGGAGGAGGGGUACCUGUUGGACAUGAGCAUCUCCGACCAUUCCUGCUGGAAGCUCGUCCUCAAAAACUGCAGAGCCAGGGACCACAUGCUGAAAUCCAACUGGAAGAACCGCGUGGGUGCCGUGAGCCAGCUGCGCUACGAGCCCGGCCGCGUCCUGUGCGACGUCCACUGCUGCGACGGCGUGGUCAUGGCUGGGUACACCUCAGGGGAGGUGAGGCUGUGGGACACCCGCACCUGGGACUACACAGCCCCCGUGCUGGCAGGCCCUGCAGGGGCUGGAGCCCCGCCACACGUCUCCUUUGUGAGGAUAAACAGCUCCCUGGCCGUGGCAGCCUACGAGGACGGCACUGUCAGUGUUUGGAGCCUGCUGCUGGGGCAGGAGCCCAUCCAUCACUUCCAGCACCAGCAGCGCGUCCAGGCCCUGGCGCUGGCCCCCGGCGGCGCCGCGGUGGCCACGGCCUCCGGCUUCCAGGUCAGGGUGGAGAGCCCCGACGACAAAGGAUUCUGGCACACCCCAGCAACCUUUGAAAUCCAGAAACUGGUCAACUUCCUUAAUCUGGUUCCAGAUGUCACGGGGAGCCCAGUGGCAGUGGCAGCUGCAGAGGACAUUGUGUAUCUCCUGAAAGCAGAAGAUCCUGGCAGAGUCCUGCACUCUGUCUAUGGUCAGCCUGUCACCUGCCUCGAUGUGGCUGCUCACGAGGCAGCCUUUGGCAUCAGAACCUUUGGCUGGUUACUGAAUGAGCCCAACCAGAUCCUUCUUUACAACCUGGAAACAAACCAGUGUGUGACCAAAAUGGGCAGCUCCAUAGGUGACUUCUCAUGUGUCGACCUCCACAGCAGCCCCCCGAACAUGCUGGUGGCAGGCAGCAAGGACAGAAGGGUGCGGGUGUUCGACGCGCGGCGCGGCGCCGCCGCCUGCGCGCUCUACGGGCACCAGCUGGGCGUGACCGCCGCGCGCAUGGACGAGUGGAAGGUGGUGAGCGGCGGCCACGAGGGCCUGGUGUGCGUGUGGGACCAGCGCAUGGGCACCAAGCUCUGGGAGAUGCACGCCAGACAUCCAGUCCGCCUGGUGUGGUUCGAUUCCCACAGCCUGAUCACUGCCAACAUCCCCGAGGAGAGGAACCCCCGAGGCUCCAGCAUCACCGAGGACGACCCCAGCCUGCACCGAAAGUACCGAGGGGUGAUUUAUUCCUACGAGUUCUCCGUGGACCAGCUGGCCGUGGACAGCGUCCUCCCCAUCUGCCGCUCCUCCUACGACGAGCUGACAGGUUACAACUACAACAUCGGCCUGGCAGUGCCCUACGACAGCAUCUAGGGCACUCCUGGGGCCAGCCAGGGCCACGGCAAGGGAGAAUCCAUGUGGGACAAGCACCCAAGAGCUGCAGAAAGCCCCGGGGAUGGGAACCCAAACAGAGCGUGCCUGCCCUGGAGCGCCCCGCCGGAAUGUGCCGCUCUGGCAUGUCCAGAUGUCCAGCCUGGGGCAGUGGAGAGGCUGAGGAGGGAAGGGAGCACUGCAGGGGGAACAAAAAUAUUCCUGCUGCUGGUGGGAAAGAUGCUGCAGGUCCCAUCUUGGUCAGGAAGCCAGAGUGGGGCAGUGAAGGGGCGGGAGGCUGGGAGCUCUCUGAGGAGUUUUUGCCUACCCCAGGAGGGAAAAAAUCAGCAAGGACUUGGAAAAAGCAUGUGCUGAGCCACAUGUUUGAAAUGUCUGUCCUGGUGUUGAGCUGCUGUUCUUGUUUUCCUUGGAGUGCACUGGAAUGUGCCUGGGAACAGGACAACAGGACCAUGCACAAAAGGUUACAGUGGCUGGGAGAGGGACUGGGAUGGAGAGAGGGAGGGGAAGGUUCCCCAGGCCAGGCUGGAUGCUUGGCAACUCAGCAGGCCACACACACAUCAAAAUUAUUUUAGAAUAAAUUAUUUUUUAAAUUCUUUAAAAUCCAGGAUUAAAUGCUUUCUUAUUGUAUGUGUACAUCUGUCUGUGGAGUUUUGUUCCUGAGCCUUCCAGGGUGAGCUGAUCCCUGUUCAGUGGGACAGGGGCUGGCUCAGGUUGUCAGGUGUGUUCUUGGCUGGAUCAUGUCCUUCCACAGCACCUGCAGGGCUUUCAGUGCCGUCCUUGUAUCCAGGCUGGGAAUUGAUCCUGGAUCAGAAGGGAUGAAGUGGCCACAGUGCCCUCCCUGAGCACUGAGCCCCAAAGCCGUGGGGAAGCACCAGGGGAAGGGCAGGAGGUGCUGUUCAGGUGGAAACAAGGAGUGAGGCUUCACCUUAAGCCCAGGUAGCACUGACAGGUAAAACCAGUUUGGGGAACAAGAGCUCCAGUCCUGCAUGGAUCUUUUUACUGAUUUAAAAUGAUUUUAUUGUGAUUUGCCCUCGUAAACUUACUGGUGCAAAUGAAAGCCGUGUCAGUUCUGUUUAAAUUUGGGUUAAGUUUUAACUUACACCUUUUUUCCUGGGUUAAUGGAAUCAGUGUAAAGUACUGGGGAGAGGUGCAGGAAUGUGCCCCAACCUGCAGGAGAGGCUGGCACUUCACCCCUGAGCAGUCACUGAGACAGCCCUGCAGAGAGCUGCAUUUCACUGCUCUCCCUUCUUUGCUUGGGGUGGUUUCCCAUGGCCCUUAGGCCAAAAUUUCACGGUUUAAGUUUUUAAGUUACCUUUUUCCAUGUGAUGGAUGCACAAAAAGUGCAAGGGGCAAAGCCAUUCUGUCUGACCAAUAAAUUUGACCUUUUGUAAA